CAGGAAGCUACGCACGCUUACAUAGAAUCACCUGUCCCGGUUGCGGGCUUCUACUGGCAUUCUGUUUGCGACCACUCUCUGCGCCACCACCACCACCACCUCUGUCCUCUCCUCUUCCACUUUGCGAUUCUGCGACUCGAGCGAGACCCAAGACAAGACCAAAGCCCACGGGACAGGACCGCCGACAGCAGCACCGACACCCAGCCAGCGGACCCCCCUUCGACAGCAGCGUCGCAUCCACCCACGACGCCCACGCGCCAACGACGGGCUGCGCGCGCCUGCGCAGAUGCUCAUACAGGACCCCCGGUAGUCGAGUGCCUUGAUGGCUGCCAUUGAGACUCCCUGGAUGGACCACAUGUCGACGCCCAAGGCGACCCCGCGCAACACCGACGUCGACGGCACCACCACCACACCACAUCACGAUGCCCUCCCAAACUAUGCGCCGCCCACCUACGCAUCCUUCUCGCCCGCAAACCUAGCCACCGCCGCCUCGGCCGCAAAGCGCCGCUCCACCAUCCUCGUCCACCAGAAGUCGCCCCUCCUCCUCGCCACCCCUCCUCAGGUCACCCGCGCCCUCGCAUACAGCCACCCUUUCCUCCUCCCGCUCAACAAGCUCGUCGGCCUCCUCACCUGGACCACCAGUGACCCAUGGGAGAGCUUUCUGCUGCUCGCCGCCUUCUGGGCCACCGUCCUCUAUGGCGACGUCAUGAUCCGCCUCGCCGGCCCCAUCGUAACCGUGCUCGCUCUUAUUGGGGGCAUGUACAGCAGGCGGUACAGCCCGCUGUCCAGCAGCGGAUGGGCCGAGCACCCGAGCAACCUCAACAGCCAUACCACGAACACCAAGCGCAAGGGGGGAGGCAGCGGCGGCGGCGGUGGUGGCAGCAGCGACCCGAACAAUGGCGGACACCAGCGCGCAGGCAGCGAGGCGACGAGCACCCGGCACCAGAAGACGCUCGACGAGAUCGUGGAGACGCUGAAGCUCUUCACGUCGCGAUGCAACAUCUUGAUGGAGCCCUUGCUCGAGAUGACUGACUUCCUCUCGACGUCGCGCACGGCGACGAGCGCCACCACGAGGCCCGCCCUGACCACCUUGUUUGUCAGGCUGCUUGCCAUCACACCAUUCUGGGUCGCCUUGACCCUCCCGCCGUGGCGCAUCAUCACAACGAAGCGGGUGGCGCUGAUAGUUGGCACGUUGUUGCUAUCCUGGCACUCGCGACCGGCAAAGGUCUCGAGGACGCUGCUCUGGCGCAGCGCCACCGUGCGGCAGCUCGCCGAGUGGGUGACCGGUCUCGAGUUUGACAAGCCGACAACAGGCGCCGCGGCAGGGCAGAACGGAUUCUCGCUGCUGUCCAACAAGAAGCACUCGAGCAACGCGACGUCGGCCCUCACGGCGGCGCUGAAGCGCGGGAGGUCACAGUCCAAGGACUCCGGCGUGCGCUUCACAUUUAUCCUGUACGAGAACCAGCGGCGGUGGGUCGCGCUCGGGUGGACGAGCAGCUUGUUUGCGUACGAGCGCGCGGCGUGGACGGACGAGCAGAACAAUCCGCUGCCGUCGAGGGACGAGUUUGAACUGCCAGAGGUCGAGGACGCGCCCGCAAAGUGGCGGUGGGUGGAAGGAAGCCGGUGGCGGGUAGACGGCGUGCCAGAUCCCGAGGUCACGGAUUACGACAGCGAGGCGGGGAAGAUGGGGUGGGUUUAUUAUGAUAAUAAGUGGCAACAAGGUCGCCGAGGACUGGACGGCUGGGGCCGCUGGACGCGCAGGCGGAAGUGGUACCGUGACGCCGAGCUCGUCGAGAAGACCGAGGACGAUUAUGCGCAAGAGGAGUCGACGGCCGAGGCCGCCAACAACAAUGAUACCCACGAGACGGCCUCGUCCCCUCCACCGCCAGCACUGCCCCCCAGAGCCAGAUCCGCGACACGCGGCUCAGUCACAUCGCAAGGCGACGCCGAGCCGCAACCACACCUCUCGUCGUCACUCCCGGACAAUGCGACCUCCUCGUCCACCACGUCAUCUCCAGAGAUGGACAGGGCCAGACUGGCUGGUGCUGCCGGGCAGGACGACGCCGCGAGCACGGCUUCCUCGUCGGGCAAGUCGCGCUUCCGUUUCCCCACGCCGAGUCUGCGCCGCCGGACAACAGGAGGGAGCAUGUCCCAACACCAGCAGCAGCAAUCGUCUUCAUCAUCAUCUACUACAGCAAACAACCCGGCCAGCGGCAGACCACGCCGGACCAGCGAGGCGAGUAGCAUACGCGACGAUGACCCCGGGGUGGGCAGCCUGACGCCGGCGCUGGAGCUCGAGAUCCAGGGCCACCACAGGGAACUCGGGUCCUGGGGCGUCGGGGACGACGUGCAGAUGGGCUUGGAGUGAAAAAAAUCAGGCUCUUCUUUCAGGGCCUCGUUUGGGGUUUUGUAAGGUUUCAAGGGGGAAU